GUAGGGCUGUGGAAAACAAGAGGCUAUCAAGUGCGUUGGAAACGACCCAUUCGACUGCGGCGAAGGAAGGUGAUCCGUGCGUUUUCCUUGACCCCCCUCUCUCGACGUCGCCAACGGCCGCUGCUUCUCUUCCUCAGCUCCACCAGGCGAGGGGCUAAGUACCACAAACGUCUUUCCCCACCGAUCAGGGACCGUUGCCGCAGCCAUGGGCAAAGGCGACCCGAACAAGCCCCGGGGCAAGAUGUCCUCGUACGCUUAUUUCGUGCAAACGUGCCGCGAGGAGCAUAAGAAGAAGCACCCGGACACUUCGGUCAACUUUUCCGACUUCUCCAAGAAAUGCUCCGAGAAAUGGCGGACAAUGUCAGCAAAAGAAAAGGGCAAGUUUGAAGACAUGGCAAAGGGUGACAAAGUUCGCUAUGAUAGGGAGAUGAAAAGUUAUAUUCCUCCUAAAGGGGAGAAGAAGAAGAAGAAGGACCCCAACGCCCCCAAAAGACCACCAUCUGCUUUCUUCCUGUUUUGUUCUGAGCAUCGCCCAAAGAUAAAAAGCGACCACCCAGGUUUGUCUAUUGGUGAUACAGCAAAGAAACUAGGCGAAAUGUGGUCUGAGCAAACAGCAAAAGACAAACAGCCCUUUGAGCAGAAGGCAGCAAAACUAAAGGAGAAGUAUGAGAAGGAUGUUGCAGCAUAUCGUGCCAAGGGGAAGGGUGAUGCAGGAAAGAAAGGUCCAGGUAGGCCAGCAGGCUCCAAGAAGAAAGUAGAACCUGAAGAAGAUGAUGAGGAAGAAGACGAAGAAGAGGAGGAAGAUGAGGAGGAGGAGGAAGACGAAGACGAAGAGUGAAGUUAUAAAGCUGCUGUAAAGAUUUUGUGCUCAAAAGUCAAUGAUUUUGCUAAGAAUGUGAAGUCGAGUGCAGCUCAUUGUUAGCUUCAGUAUAAAAACUGUACAGAAUUGUGUAUAGGUAAUGUGAUUGUAGGGAGACCUGUAUUCUAAUGUAAGUAGUAGCUGAAUGCCACUACUGUUAGAUUUUUAAAAGCUGAUAUUGUCAAAUGUUCAGGCAUAUUUAAUGGUUCUUUGGAUUCAGUGACAGCUUGAUUUUGAGCAGAGUUAAAAAAAAUGGUAGUAAAAUUGGUAGUCAACCUUGUCUUGCAUACUAUUGCAUUGUAUUACUUUUUUAACAAUUUUGUAAUAAAAUGAUGUACAUUA